CGGCGCCAAAUAAUCUUCAAUCCGAUAGCAGCAGAACCACAAACUCCAUACUCCCCGCGGUUGUCGCAGAGACCAAAGUAAAGCAACCUCAUCGCCGCAUCGCUGCUGUCGAACACACGAUUCGUAACCCAAGACUGAAGGAAGUCAACCACACAGCCGAGAUCGCACAGAUUCUGUCAAGAUGGCGCUCCGUCAGUUCAAGGCGCCAGUAGCGUACGAAGCGCAGCAGAAUGCACUUGAAUCCUUCCUCACAGACUUCAAGGCAUCCCCCGAGCAAACGAUUUCACAUGCCCUUGGAAACAUCACGAUAGACGAGGAUGACUUUAGCGACGAUGAGGUGAUGGAGGAUGAUGAGACACGCGGCACCCGUCGCCAGGCUAGGAGUCCGCCCGGCCCCAAAUACAAGGUCAUGAUGCAGAAGCUGGCAGACCGCAAGAUUGAUGAGGUCUUGAUUGACCUGGACGACUUGGCGAGUUUCGAAUCAUCUCUCGGUCAUGAACUUCAGCUUGUCCAUUCUAUCGAAAUUAACACCAAGCACUACGUCGAGCUCAUGUCAAGAGCGGUCGACAAGCUCAUGCCUCAACCCAGCGAAGAUGUCACUUUUAAGGAUGAUGUGCUAGAUGUUCUCAUGGAGCGGAGAAAACAGAGAAACGAUAUCCUUCAAAGGCAGGCUACUGAGCCUGUCGAUGGCCAGCUGCCCGACCCCAGCAUUGCUGAGGACAAGUUCCCCGCCGAGCUCACGCGCCGGUAUACCCUCGUCUUCAAGCCCCGAUCCGAGACUCCCUCCCACCCCGCCAAGGCGCUCGCCGUGCGAGAGGUCAAGGGCGAGCAAUUGGGUCAUCUCAUCACCAUCCGAGCCAUUGCCACCCGAGUUUCCGACGUCAAGCCUAUUGUACAAGUCAGCGCAUACACUUGCGAUCGCUGCGGUUGCGAAAUCUUCCAGCCCGUCAACGACAAGUCAUACGGCCCCCUGACCGUAUGCCCGUCCGAGGACUGCAAGACGAACCAAGCCAAGGGUCAACUGCACCCUUCUUCAAGAGCCUCAAAGUUCUUGCCCUUCCAGGAGGUCAAGGUCCAGGAGCUGGCUGAGCAGGUGCCCAUUGGCCAGAUCCCUAGAACUCUGACCGUAUUGUGCUACGGCACCUCCGUUCGUAAGGUGAACCCCGGUGACGUUGUCGACAUCUCAGGCAUCUUCCUCCCCACACCCUACACCGGCUUCAAGGCGAUGAAAGCCGGCCUCUUGACCGAUACUUACGUGGAGGCACACCACAUCGUUCAGCACAAGAAGGCCUACUCUGAGAUGAUUGUCGACCCCGCUCUGGUUCGUCGCAUCGACCAGUACAGACAGUCCGGCCAAGUCUACGAGCUCCUCGCCAAGUCCAUCGCCCCCGAGAUUUUCGGUCACCUCGAUGUCAAGAAGGCUCUUCUUCUCCUACUCAUUGGCGGUGUCACAAAGGAGGUCAAGGAUGGCAUGAAGAUUCGUGGUGACCUGAACAUUUGCCUCAUGGGUGACCCUGGUGUGGCCAAGUCGCAAUUGCUCAAGUACAUCUCAAAGGUCGCGCCUCGUGGUGUCUACACCUCCGGCCGUGGUUCAAGUGGUGUCGGUCUGACGGCCGCCGUCAUGCGAGACCCUGUCACUGAUGAGAUGGUCCUUGAAGGCGGUGCCCUCGUCCUUGCCGACAACGGUAUCUGCUGUAUCGAUGAAUUCGAUAAGAUGGACGACAAUGACCGCACCGCCAUCCACGAGGUCAUGGAACAGCAGACCAUCUCUAUCUCCAAGGCCGGCAUCUCCACCACCCUUAACGCCCGCACCUCUAUCCUCGCCGCCGCUAACCCCAUCUACGGCCGCUACAACCCCCGCAUCUCCCCCGUCGAAAACAUCAACCUUCCCGCCGCUCUUCUGUCUCGUUUCGACAUAAUCUUCCUCCUCCUCGACUCACCGACCCGCGAAUCCGAUGCCCAGCUCGCCAAGCACGUCACCUACGUCCACAUGCACCAGCGCCACCCAGAUAUCGGCACCGACUCAGUCGUCUUCUCCCCCCACGAGGUCCGCUCCUACGUCGCUCAGGCCCGCACAUACCGCCCUGUCGUCCCCGCCUCCGUCUCCGAGUACAUUGGCAAGACGUACGUCCGCAUGCGUGGCCAGCAAAAGCGCGCCGAGAAGAAGGGCGAGCAAUUCACCCACACCACCCCUCGUACCCUCCUCGGUGUCGUCCGUCUCGCGCAGGCCCUCGCCCGUCUGCGCUUCAGCAACGAGGUCACCCACGACGACGUCGACGAAGCCCUGCGCCUCGUCGAGGCCUCCAAGGAGAGUCUCGCGGCCGAGCAGGCCGCCAACGGACGCCAGCGCCUCAACGCCAGCAGCAGGAUCUACAACCUCGUCAAGACCCUCGCCGACAGCGGCGCCUGCCGCGCCGACGACGCCGAGGACGACGAUGAGGAGCUCGGUGUCGAGCUCAGUCUUCGCAAGGUGAAGGAGCGUGUCAUUGCAAAGGGCUUCACUGAGGACCAGUGGCUUGCGGCUCUGGAGGAGUACAACGAGCUUGAUGUCUGGCAAACGGCUGGAAACGGUACGAGGCUGGUCUUCAUCACCUCCAACGGCGCAGAGAGGGACGAAUGA